CUCUGAAAGCACGUCAACCAAAAGUAACAUCAGCGGGCGUUAUGGCGCUGGAACUUACCUUCGUGAAUCAAUAUGGGGACACUGCGCCCAAGCGCAGAAGACUGGCAAAGGCUUGCGAGUCCUGUCGCGCCAGAAAGGUACUGUGGUUUCGCCGCCUGCACCGCGCUUCUUUGCUGAGUCGGAUAUUCUACAGAAACGCUGCAUACACUUUGGUGAUCCCGCCGACAAAGGCAAGAACGACGAGAGCGAUGGAGCAGAUCAGGUCGAUACCCGCGAAGUCCCAAAUACUGGGCCGAAUACGAAGUCCAAUGGAGCCCAGUCGUCUCCCAGCAAUGCCGCUUCUGGAGUGAAUGGAUCAACACGCCGCUCGGAAUCUGCUUCCGCUGCUAAUGCGAGACGAUUUAUCUGUGAUCUGAAUCCGGUAUCGACGUUUCUACAGCGUCGUCCGCCAACUGCAGAGAACGAUGGGAGGCAGCAGAAUGAGGACAUCGGCAUAUGGGUCGACAAACGCGAGUACGAUGCUCUCGUCCGACAGAGAAACGCGAGAACUGCCACGAUGGAUGCAAUCGGCCAGAAUAACCAGCGUCCGCACUCGGCAGUACUCGCUCCUCUGGUUGACAUCUACUUUCAAAAAGUCCAUCCCGUCCUUCCGAUCCUGGAUGAAAUCGAGUUCAGGACGAAUCAUGCUGGAGGAAUCGUUCCCGAAGCAUUGGCUCACGCUGUCUGCUUGGUCGCUGCGAAAGAUCCAUCCGCAGCAAAGUAUCUUCGCCUUAACGAAUCGGACGACACACUACCGCCUCGCGAAUUUUGCAGCAGGCUACAUGCUUCAGUAAUGGCGGCACUGCGAGUGCCAGUACGUUUCGAGAAGAUCACUCUUAUCCGUCUUCUCGCACUGGCGUCGCUACACGCCGAAGGUCCUGAAGGCGGCGAGGAAGCCACAUGGUGCUUCAACCAAGCUAUGCACUACACGCAAGUUCUCGGAUGGCACCUUGGACAACAUACCGGAAUCCAGUCUACUGACGAUCUUGUGACGAAGAGACUCUUCUGGUGUCUUUGGAGUCUUGAUCGAAUGAACUCUGUCAUCUAUGGCAGGCCAAUAAUGAUGAGUGAUGUUGACAUGGCAAUUUCAGGAUUUGAACCGGGAGAGUCUGGCUUUCCAGCAUUCGAGGUCUGGCUGCAUUGCUGUCGUACCCUAGACAAGGUAAUUGCUUUCUAUCGACCCGGCGUGCCGAUGGAUAUCACGGGCUGGGAAGACGAUUACCCGACCUUCGAAGACGCUGUAGACCACGGCAAAGGCUGGGACCUUGAUCAAAACAUUCUUGCGACUUUGCAUCUAUUUUUCCUGGUCGUUGCUGUGCUAUCGCAUCGGUCUCGAGGCGUGAAGUACGUUCAAAGAUCAAAGUCAUCAUACGUCCGGCAGUCGCUCGGCGCUCUGGAGAUCAACCGCAUUAUGAGCUCACCGCUGAUGCCGUCUCUUCUGCCUUUGCCAUUUCUUCCAUAUGCGAUAUCACUGGCACUCUCGGUAUCCUACCAGCAUAUCAGGCAAGCACAAUUCAUUCACCAGCAGGAGGAUGCCCGGCAGGACUUUCGACAGUGUUGCCAGAUACUGCAUCGGCUGAGGAGGACAUGGAGCUCGGCAGAUGUUAUCGCAACCAUAUCGAAGAAGGUCCUGGACCAGCUGGACAAGGCGACUGAUCUGUCAGUCUUUCGAGUAUCAAGGUUUGCAGAGGAGGGUCCAAAGAGCCCUGGCAUUUGUACCGCAAGCUUUUGGAAACCGCACACUCUUGUGCCAGAUCAGCCUCUCGAAGCAAACGGCACAAUUGGAAGCUCUGCUAGCAGCAGCGUUCCAGCUGCCAACCAACAGCCAACCGAAGCUGACUGGACUGGGCUGUUUGAAGGUAUGGACGAUCUGUUUGGGACGUAUCUGGAUCCCAAUUAUCCUGUUAACCUGGACGAUUUCUCUUUCGUGGACGAGGAUUGGAGCUCAGUAUCGACAUGA